CCUAAAAUGUUAUUUCAGAUCUUAAGUCUUUAACAUAGGGUUAUUACUUAGGGUAAUUUUCAUUGAUUUUGUUUUGGUUAGGCCCUGCUGCCAUGGUGUCAGGUGUUAUCCAUCUCAUAAUAAGCCUUUACUAUCGUAGGCCUAUUUUAAUAAAAGCCUAAGCCCUAGCCUGUCGAAAUUAAAACUUAUAAUUAGACUACUUGAGACCUUUUCAUAACCUGAUCAUAAUGUAACAAACCAAAACACUUUAACCACAGGGCCUAGUCAAUAACCAUUUUCAGACAAUUAAAUGCCUAAUAGGCUAGACAGAAAGAAAGAAAAAAAACAAUGCUGAACCUCAUCUCUAGAUGGCACUGCGUAGUGAGAAUUAGUAGCGCGGCUAGAAAUCUGAUAGACAGAUUCUUCACACUUCGCAUAUCUCUAAAAAAGGCGUAGACGAUGAUCUGACAUCAAUAAGUGACCAUGUAGACCUAGGCUACUACAGUAGUCUCAUAGAUAUAGGCCUACGGUAGGCCUAAGAUAGCAUUACUUAUAGGAGUGUGGAUUAAUUAGCCUACAUCAACUGUGAGGGUCACUUGAUGGAUGGACUACCUGAGAAAAUCUCUUGCAACCACGAGAUGCAAGCAAGCCCAUAGAUUUUACCAUAGGCUGAACGACUUGUUUUUCAUAGCCUAGCCUAUAUUUUAGCUAUUCAUAUGUGCUAUUUGUGUUUUGGAGAAACUGAGGAGUGAUUGAUGGAAUCCAAUGGAUCAGGCGUUGUGGUGUACAUGUCUUAUACUUGCGAUCAUUUGUAACGGCUGGUGCAAAGGUUUUGAUUUUAUGGACUUUACACCGAUUAAAUUUAAAUUGUAUCCACAAGAUCAUCAACAUAUUGUGGUAAACUGGACAGUAGACAGCGCACUUGAAAAUGUUACUUAUGAAAUCCAAGUGGCCCGCACAGAGAACUUCAACCUAAUUGAAAGUGUAAACAUAAGCACUAAAUCACAAAACUCUGAAGAACCAUUCCAAACUUGGACAUGGACAUCGAAAUUGCCUUUACAGUGCACUGAUCACUCUGUGAGGAUGAGACUUAUCUACAACUACAACUCUACUUUUGUAGAUUCCUGGAGCCAGUGGAAAACUCAUACAGGUAAGAAAAUAAAUGUUAUAAACUGUUAUCAUGUAAAUGAAUCAGUUAUUGUAACUGAUGAAUGUCUGGCUCAUGAUUACAUUCGUUUUUUAUUAACUCGGUUCUCCCCUGAGUCUUCUCCAAGACUGUCUCCAAGAUGUUUUUUGGGGGGGGGAUUUUGUCCAUGUGUGGUUCGUUUUUUUUUUUCUUCAGAUGAAGGUGCUCAUGAUGUCUGGGAUGAGCCGCAGAUAUUUCCAUCUGAAGAGGUUUUCCAGGAGAGAUCUGAAGUAUACUUCUGUUGUGUGGCACCAAGGGACGCCCAAGUCACCAGCAUAACCUUCAACAGAACACGAUACCCCCUCAUCAGCAUCAGUAGCCAGGUCAAAGCCAUCGCAGUGGACAAUCUUAAUAUCACCUCUGAACUGGGGGUCAGCUUAGUUUGUCUUGACUCCAAAGGCGAUGAGGGCAUCACUUCAAACUUUGUCACUUUCCCUCCACAGAAGCCCAGAAAUGUGAGCUGUGAGACGGAGGAUUUGAAAGUCUGGAGCUGUAGAUGGGAUCCUGGAAGACCGCCUAACUUGCACAAGCGCCACGUGCACCACUAUGCUCUGCUUGUAGAGAACUCAGGCCAUGAUCUCAUCAGGUGUGACAUGUCCUCAUGUAGCUUUCUGGCUGUUUCACACCUGAGUGAGUAUUAUGUCACUGUGGUGGUAACAAGCAGUCUAGGGCAAGAAAUGGAGAGCAUCAAGUUCCAUGCACUGGACAGAGUUUUUCCAGUUGCCAAGAGUUUGUCUGUGAUUCCUGACGUGCAUCAAGCGAAUGUCUCUUGGACUAUAGAAGGGAACUUUACAAAGAUUCCAAUGAUUUGUCAAGUCCAAAUUAUUCCUGAGGGAAAUGUCUUGACCAUUGAACAGACUGGAGGUUUAGCGCUACACUUUUCUUGUCAACUGGAAAACUUAAAACCCAGCACUCAGUACUCUGUGAAGGUACAAUGUGCAGUUUCUGGGAGAAGAUGGAGGAAGUGGGCUGGCCCACUAUUCUUUAACACACAUCCCCUGGUUCUUUUGGACAUCUGGAGGAGUAUACAAGCCCUUCCAAGUGGUCGCCGUGUCAUUUUAACAUGGAGGACAUAUACCAGUGACAUGCAGCUUGAUGUCAAGUCAUAUGAAAUUCGACUGCAGCAGGAGAACAGCCUGGGAACGUUGUGGACUAACACAACGAGUGUUAACCCACAAGUUAAUCAGACUGAGUUCUUCAUCGAUGAGCAAGGGUGUAACAUUUCUGUCUAUGCCAACAUCACAGCUGGAAUCUCUGUUGCAUCUCAUAUUUUCAUCCCUCCUGCAAAACACUCUGAAAAUGCUGUUAUCCCAAAAAGGGUGGUUGGCAGUGUCAGAACUGGGUUUAUGCUGUCAUGGACAGAAGAUCCUAGUGCUGUAUGCGGGUACACAGUAGAGUGGUGUCACAAUGGGAGUGGUGUACUGCCUUGCACCCCUAGCAACCUUCAAUGGCAAACAGUGCGCAGAAGUAACACAUCCUUAUCACUCAAAGCAGGAUCUUUUAUGGGCGGCUGCAGAUAUACAUUCAAUGUGUUAAGGUGCAGAGAGGAUGGACAUCACCUGAUUGAGACACACAUUGGCUACUUACAGGAACAGACACCCACACAGUUCGUACAAAUUCAGAAUUAUCCAGUGGUGACAUCUUCCUCUGCCACAAUUGAAUGGAGUUUUCCGGAAGAUGAUCCCCGGCACCCCGGUUUCAUCUCAGGCUACCUUGUGACUUUUCAGAAUGGCCACUGGAGUGACCAGAAUCAUAAUUCCUACAACCUUUCAAUAGACAACCCACACAGGAAAUCCAUCACAGUCAACAGUCUGUGGGAGAGCAGAGAGUACAGCUUCUGCGUCCAGCCAUGUACGUCAGCAGGCCCUGGCCCCUCUACGUGCCGCACAUUCAGAACCUCCCCUGACUACACUCACUUUUGGGUGAAGAUUUUAAUCCCGGUGAUAUUCCUUUUUGGUUGCUGCAUUCUUCUUUGGCCAUAUUGGAAAAGACUGAGGAGUACAGUUGUGGAGAUUUUCACGCAUCCAACCAAGGUGAACGUGAACGUAUUACAGCUGGACAGCUCUCUUUACGAGACGAGCGAGAGGAUUCGAGCCCUGACUGUGGAAGACUGUUUGUGCUGUGACCUUGAGAUCAUAGAGGUCAAGCCUGGCGUGGCAGAGUGCAAGUGUCUGGUCUAUCCCAACGAGGCCAGUUGUUCUUUCGCCCCGUUGACGGCCUGCUGCUGCACAGAGCUGACCGACGACGUGUGGGGCGAUCCCGUUAGUGAGAGGGGCGUGAGUGUGUGCAAUUUCACAUACUCGCCGACCUUCACAGAGGUGUCAUUUUGUCGGUCAUCGUUCAGCUCAGAUGGUCUCACAGAGGGACAGCCUGUCCAACCACACGACACAUGUACCACAGACUAUGUUGUGUCUGCAGAAGAUCAGGAUGCCACGGGCCCAAUUGUAUUUUCAACGUAAUUAAAACUACUUUUUGUGAAGUAAUACUGAGUGGACAAUGGUGCAAUAUUAUAGUCACUUUUAUCCACUCAUUCAUCACCUCUCGUCUGGACUAUUGCAAUGGUGUCCUGUCUGGUCUGCCCAGCAAGGUCCUUGACAGGCUAUGUCCAGAACUCAGCUGCCAGGGUCUUAACAAGCACAAAAACCCUGGCAGCAUAUCAGCCCCCCCAUCCUCAUACAGCUUCACUGACUAAAAUCCUCCUCACCUAGAAAUCUCUCUACACCAGUAUCUUACGGGUUCCUCACGGUCCCUGUGGUCCUCUGACAAGGAUCAGCAUGCCAUUCCCCGCACCAGACUCCAGACCUUUGGGGACAGAGCCUUCUGUGCUGCUGCCCCCAGUCUAUGGAACAAGCUACCCCACCAUAUACACACUGCCCCCUCCCUAGGUGUGUUCAAAAAACACCUGUUCUCUGAGGCCUUUGGCCUCUGACCCCCCAUUCCCUACCCAUCCCUUUAUUUGUCAAGAGACCUUGAGUAUCCUAAAAGGCGCUAUAU